UUGGCGUUAAUUUCUGUUUUCUUUUCUAGCCGAAAGCCGACGACCAAGCGAGGUAAGAGGUACUUGGAAAAUCGCGCUCCAAAGCUGAUCGAAAAUGACAAAACUUGCCUAUUUAUUCGAGGCAACCGUGUAAGCCAGGCAGGCGUCGAUCUGCUGAAAGACCUGAAAUAUGACGCAGCGCUCUUUGUGUUUACAUCUCACUCAAAGAAACGUCCCAACAACAUCAUUAUGGGUAAGUUUUGCUUCUAUCAUAUCUGUGUUACACGGUCAGCUGUAGGGCGUUUGUUCAGUCAUCACAUUUUGGAUAUGUUCGAAUUUGGAAUUGAAGAUUUCGCGUCAAUUGCUUCAUUUAAGAAUUGCCUUAUUCCGGUCGGUUUUAAACCAUGUUUAUCUUUCAUGGGAUUAGAGUUUCAACAAGACCCAGUCUAUCAGCGGCUGAAAAAUCUGUUAACAGGCAGGUACCUGUUUCGAGGACCAUCAGUGAAGACCGUCAGACUUCAGGGAAUCGAGUAUUUGUUAUCGUUUUCAGUGGUUGAUGGCAAGGUGAAAGUUCGAUCUUACCGGAUAUUGCUAAAAAAGUCCGAUAGCCGUGUACCUCACGUUGAAUUGCAAAGCGCAGGACCCUCCUGUGAUCUUACUUUAAGACGAAACCGAACUGCCUCCAACGACUUGUACAAGUCAGCUUGCAAAACGCCGAGGGCUGUUAAGGUCAGGAAGACGAAGAACUUAACGAUGGACGUUUUUGGAACAAGGCUUGGUCGCAUUCAUGUGAAACAGAAUCUGGACGAAAUUAGAUAUACCAGGAUAAAAGGACUUAAGCGGAAACGCUCAGUCCCAUCCGAAGACACCAACAAAGUUCAAAAGCCAUAAUG